GCGACGCGCAUAAAUAUAACGUAGGGGAAAGACACAUACUAGUCUAUUAAGUGCGUUAAAGCUCAGCAGACAAAAAUGGUGAGAAGUGUUCUUCGUGGCGAUAUUUGCGGGUACUGCAAUGCCUGUGUUCGUAUAAGACUAUGCGCAGCAAGAGGUCGCAGUCCAGAACCAUUGGAAUGUGCCUACAAGCAUAUUUUAGAAUCAUAUGCCGGCAACGCUAGUGGAACUGAAAAAUUUCUUGACACGCCAAAACCGGCAUGUGCUUCUUGCCGGUGGACAUCGGAUGCCCAAUUUCCAGAAACACCUCCGUCUUCAAGCGAUCUUAGUUUAGAGUGGAGUUCUCAAUCGUCACAUAGGCCUCGUACGCGACGACGCAAGAGGUAGAAUUAUUGAUUGAUGGCGAAAAAGUCUGGAACCAACUCUUCGCAGUUGAAAGUGAAAGCUGAUGGCGUCGUCUCUUGAUGAACGAUAGAGCCUUAUCCUUUGCUAGUCAAAAUGAUGUAUACCGUUUUUAAUUUA